UUUUUUGCAGGGUCGGAAGAAGCAAAUUUGUCUGGCGGGAUUUGGCGGUUAUCGGUGAGGGAUGUGGCGGGCUGGCAGUCCCCGACCUGCUGGCAACUCCGGGGGCGCUCCUCCACACCACUCCUCUCAGAGCGGCCGUCCUCGCCACCGCCAGUCCACCGCUGCCGCUGUGUUGUAGUUGAGGCUCGUGUCCAGCCUGUGUUUUUUUUUUUUGUGUGUGUGUGGUUGUCUAUCGUCUCCCAGGUGGGUGUGUGUGUAAGGUUUCAGCGUUCACUAUGCAUAGCUCCUAUGUAGAUUUCUAGCUUUAUAAUUUAAAGUUCAGCAGUUCCAGCGGUGCACGCGGACCGCCUGCCUGACGCACGGCACGGUGAACGUUGUGUUGUCCAUUAUGGCAAGCUCACUUUAGGUGUGGCUGGCGGGAUUAGCGGAUGUGCCACAUCAUCGCUGCGCCACCCUCACACUCGAUCACCUUGAGAGAAUUCACCAACUCCACUGUACCACCGUCAGCCACCCCACUGGUUGCGUCUCCACACUCCACAGCACUACCGUCAGCCACCCCACUGGCUGCGUCUCCACAAAUUUAGGUAAAAAUGUAACAAGUAAAAAAAAAUCGGAAAAAAGUCACAGGUAAAAACGUCACAGGAAAUAGUCACAAAAAAAGAAAAAAAGAAACAGGGUAAUGUUAGCACUAUUUUCACUUUUUAUAUGUCAUUCUGGAAGAUCCACCUGAAGCCGAGGAGUAGCUCAGGUACGUACUUCAAUUGUACUUAUGUUAUGUUAUGAAUAAUUUUUGUUUGAUUACUGGGCUUUUUUUUCCUAGCCAAAAUUGCGACUUUUCUUCUGAGACUUUUUUUUUCCUGUCCUUAUUACUGGCACGCACCUCCCUCUCGCUCUCACCAAACAUAGUCAACCCAGGGCUAGCUUGAGCACGUAGUGCUCUAGUCGUAUAAAUAUCACAUGCAUAACUAAUUUACUUCUCUUUGAUAUAUCAUGAUAUUUAGUACUUGAAACUUUUAUUUGUGUGUUUUAUCAUUUGGGAUGCCUUUUAUAUAUAUAUCACAGAAGUGGGUUUGGGAGACUAGGCAAAGCUGGUCACAGGCCCUGCCCUACCCUGACCCCACCACAGCCCUCAGUUAAUUAUGGAUGGUACUAAUUUAGCGCGUUUGGUGGUAUUCCUUUGUCACCGCUCUGCCACAGCAAUCCCAACACAUAUCUCAUGUCAGUUAUUUAUCAUUUUUAAAUGAAUUUCAAAUAAUCUAUAGGUAAUUAUCCAAUAAGGUUAUAUAGUGUCAUGAAUGUCUCGUUUUUAAGGAUAAGAAUGAUUUUGUAAAAGUACCACAACAUGACAGCAUUGCUUUCCGACGAUGUCAGUGUGGUCCCUGUCAAGGAUAAGGGAAGAGUAAAGAUGGGUCAGUAGACUUUUGUUUUUGCCUACAACACAUCGGCCGAUCUGUGUGUGCAGCCCGCCAUCUCAGGCCGUGUCAUUUGGAGCCCAGUGACCCACGUCGUGUCAGCCUUACCUUGGGAAGGCUAUGUUAUUUCUUUCGUGAUGCUUAUAUGCACGGUUUAGACCGUGGUUAUAUGUGCCGUAUAUGGUUGAAGUAACCAUGGACGAAACUCAAAAUUAGACAUUCAAAUUAUCCAGGUUUCCUUUUAUCAAAUAAGCCUCAAAACAGUGGAUCCGUGCAUAUCAGAGGGAGGAUAACCCGAAUGUGGCAAAAUCUAGAGAGUGUUCACACUAAUGCGACCGACUAUACAGUGGAGUUUAGAGUUAAGAGGAAGCUCUUCAGCACUUUUCUGCAGCUCAAAUGAUACUUAAAGGCCUGUGCUGUUCCAAAACUGGUCAUUAAAUCGGUACAUAUAUAUACUUAUCACUGGCUUUGAUUAGAUUUCCACCCCUUUUUUACUUUUCUUUAUUAACCCUAGCUAGGUAGGGUAGAGUUAUUAGCACAGCAGAGAAACAGUGAUCCAUGUUUUUAAAAACCAAGGCAUUCUAUUAAGAUUACCCAUCUAUGACAGCAGCAGGAAGUGAUGUUCAGCUUCUGGACGAAUACUGAUAUCUUGGACCUUAAUUGAGAUUUCGAGCAGUUUUGAGACCACUUUACUGAAGCACAGUAGUGUGCAGCUUUAAAAAAAAAAAAAAAAAACAGAAUUGUGUCAUGUUCACACAGGGUGACAAGACUAAGAGGACGACAUACUCAGCCUGCAGGCAUGAGUGGCUGGUUACUCAUGAUAAUACUAUGGUUACCAAUACCACUCGAUCUCAGGUUUAUUCUCCUUUUGAUGUCUGUGGGCUGUUAGUAUCAAGGGGGCUGUAGAACAGUCUCCUUCAUCAGCACUCCCUGUUCGUUAGGUGUGUAUUUCCUCUACUCUCAAAUGCUUCGUUUCCAGUCGUAUUUUGUCCUACCUAAUGAUUUUUAAACACAACUUUCGUAUACAAGUUAUCACUCAAAAUACUGCAUAAAUGAUGGGUAAAAAUGAGAGUGCAGAAUGACUCGAGCACUGAUCUUUAGGUGUGUGUAUUCCUCUACUCGUGUUUAGAUCCUGAAAAUUUUUUGUUCUGGUUAUACAUUGUCUUUACAUUACCUUCAUACUCCCUUUGUAUAGAUCAACACACACUAAAUAAAUAGGCAGAAGAGUGAAUGUCAAGCAGAUUGAGUUCGUGGACGAUGGGCAAUGAGUUCCAUUGCCAUCAGAGGCCGUGACAUCACAGCAGUGAUGCCGUUAUAGUGAACCAUCCUUACUCUCCCUUUUUCCUUGGUCCCAGUGACCUCAGUUCUUAGUCCUCACUCUUCACUCCUCAGGUCAGUUCCCCCAGGGCUGCCACACACGAUGGACGCUGCCCCUGCCACCCGCUCCCACAACCUAAAUGCUCGAGAGAAAGAACUUAUUUUCAAUGUGAAUCGGUACUUCCUAGAUGAAAAAGCUAAUAGAGGACCUAUAAUUCCACCCUCAAAAGCAAUGGCUCGGACAGCUAAAGCCACCAAAGUUAGUGAACAGACAGUCGCGCGAAUCUGCUCUAAACCCAAUAGAGCUCUUAUGACACAGCUAUCACCAGAACCGCCUGUAUUCACGACACGGAAAAGGAAGCGUCUUGCAACAGUAACGAAUUUUGAUGAUUCUGACAAGCGUGUGCUUCGGAGAACUGCCUUAGGAUUCUAUGAAAAGAAUGAAACCCCUACAUUGUUCAAAAUAAGGGAAGAUCUCAGGGAAAGUAUCUCCUAUAAUGGAAGCAUUGAGUCCCUUCGCAGGGCUAUCUUACGGAUGGGAUUCAUAUAUGGUAAAGUUGAUGGCCGCAAAUUCCUUAUGGAAAAAACUGAAGUUACAGCAGCUCGGACCAGAUACAUUAGAGAAAUGCGGCAACUCAAACAGGCAUUCCACAAUACUGUGUAUCUUGACGAGACUUGGGUGAAUCAGGACCUCACUUUGGGAAAAUGUUUCACUGACAAAGUGUUCAAACAUGCAGCAGGAAAAGAGCCACCCACUAGAAAAGGAAGCUAUCUGAUUAUUCUCCAUGCAGGAACAAGAGAUGGCUUUGUUGACAAUGCUGAAUUAGUUUUUCAAGCUGAAAACAAGACAAACCAUGAUAACCCAAUAAAUUCUGCAGUCUUUGAAAAAUGGUUCAGGAACCAGUUGCUGCCAAACAUUGCACCCAACUCUGCAAUUGUGAUGGACAGUGCUUCCUAUCAUUCUGAGCAACUUGAAAAUGUGCCAAGUCCAUCUUGGAGAAAGCCAGACAUAAAGGAUUGGCUUAUGAAGAAGGGAGUUCAGCCCAGUGAUGAUUUAUUAAAAGCGGAGCUGUAUGAGCUUUCAAAGAAAUUCGAUAAAGGCAAAAAGUAUCGGAUUGACACGAUUGCUGAAGAAGCAGGACAUAUAAUUCUAAGGAUACCCCCAGACCAUUGUGAGUACAACCCUAUUGAGUUCAUUUGGGCUCAAAUGAAGUCUUAUCUCGCUGAGAACACUAUCGAAAUGCCCGAUCCUAAACUUCUCGUUAGAGCAGCUUUGAGUCUUAUCACGCCGCAAGACUGGAUGGGAGCAGUGGAACGUGCUGAACAACUUCAAGAAGCGGAUGCAAAGCAAGACAUAGCAGUUGACCAUUUUAUGGCUUCACUAUUCAUCACAAUCACAGAAAGUUCAGAUGAAGAAUAUUCUGAUUAAAGAUCGGAGAGAGGAUUAGGCCUACGGGGGAAACCUCUUAAAAA